AUGAACCGGCAGACUAAAUAUACUAAACGUAUCAAGGGCGAGCCUCGGUGCAUCCCGGAUAAUGUCGAUGGCUGGGUGAAGCCCGGAACAUUGACGGCUUCAAUGGGUGUGACGGGAGCUAGCAAGACCAAACUGCGUGGGCAUUCUCAGUGCGAGAUGCUGGUUGAUGGGAAAAUGCGGGAUGAGAGCUUCCAGUGCAAGACCGGAUACGCGCAACAGCAAGAUCUGCAUCUUGAGACGAGUACAGCCCAGGAGGCUCUGUGGUUCCCGGCUCUUCUUCGCCAGCCAGGGAGUGUACCAAGGGCAGAGAAACUCGCCUAUGUCGAGGAAGUCAUCCAACUUUUCUGCAUGCAGGAGUAUGCCGAUGCCGUUGUUGGCGUGCCAGGGGAAGGUCUCGACGUUGAGCAACGCAAGCUCUUGACUAUCGGCAUUGAACUGGCUGCUAAACCACCACCACUACUACUACUACUACUACUACUACUACUACUACUACUACUACUACUACUACUACUACUACUACUACUACUACUACUACUACUACUACUACCACUACUACUACUCUUCAGUGACGAGCCGACCUGUGGCCUCGACUCACAGACUAGCUGGGCAAUCCUGGAUCUACUGGCCAAGGUCUCUAAAGCGGGCCAGUCUAUUCUUCGCACUAUCCACCAGCCCUCGGUCAUGUUAUUUCAACGAUUUGAUCGUCUGCUCUUACAUACUGAAGGGGUCAAUACGGUUUAUUUUGGCGAAAUCGGAGACAACUCAAAGACCCACAUCGAUUACUUCGAGCGCAAUGGUGGCAACCCGUGUUCCCCUGACGCCAACCCAGGCGAGUGGAUGCUCGAAGUUAUAGGUGCCGCACCUAGCAGCUCUUCAGAGAUUGACUGA